UGUAAGAGUCACACUCUGUCACAACUGUUGCAACUCCGAAUAUCACUUUCUCGUUGAUCCAACAUGGAUGAAUACGAUUUUCAACCCGAAUCUUGCAUCGAGGGCCAUUCCCUCGUGAGAGCCAACCCUGAUCAUGUUGCAGCAAUUCACACCAUGGUCAAAGCAGCAUAUUCCAAGUACAUCGACCGCAUCGGCAAGGAACCAGCCCCCAUGAAGGCCGACUACAACCAACUCAUCAAAUCGCAGCUGGUUUACGUACUCAGAAACGACCAGAGCGGCCAAGAAGUCGGAGCCGUUCUUCUUCGGCAUGAUCCGGCGGCAGACGCACUCCACAUAAACAAUUUAGUCGUUGCCCCGGCCGCCCAGGGACGCGGCUUUGGACGGGCUCUCAUGGCGUGUGCCGAGAACGUUGCGAGGGCUUAUCAAUGCACGAAUCUACAACUCUACACCAACGUCAAAAUGGUUGAGAACCUCGUUUUGUACUCCAAAAUGGGCUUCGUCGAGACGGAAAGGAAGACAGAGGAAGGGUACGAGAGGGUCUAUUUUCGCAGGGAUCUGAAGGCGAGCAAAUGAUGCCGUCGCUGAUGGAAGACUCGACAGAACAUUAUCAAUGCAGCUACUCGUUCCAUUGUCUUGCUAGAGAACCAAUACCCACGAUUUUGCAAGAAUCAGACAGACGGAUGCUUAAAUGUCUUCUGUCACUCAAUAACAAUCGUAUUCGCGGAAAACUGGAAAGGUAAUAACUAAGAUACAUACUUGGGCACGUGUAGACGUGCAUAUGUUGGUAUGACCAAUGAUAACCCGAACUCCCCAAAAACCCCACAUUGCAUCAUCUACCUGCUGGUUGUUUAGUUAAGGCUCUGAUCAGCAACAGCAGCAAAGUCAGAUAACAGCUUGUACCUUAAAUAAGGGGUACUCACUACUUAUAUAAGUAUAUUAAGUCAAACCUUAGCUAGGCAAGAUGUACUAUACUAUCCCUAUCACCCUAACCC